AUGCCAGAUCAUUAUGGUCUCGUUCGAAAUGUGAAAAAGUGCGCCGAGUAUUUCCCAACAGAUCCCGGUGGAAGUCUGGACUUCGAUGGAGUACGAGUUGUUUGCAAAAAACAAGACUAUUUCCAAUUUCCGAUUGAAACAAAAGUGCAGGUACGAAUGACGUAUUUGGAUGUUUACGCGACUGCUAAUCCUGUCCACUCAUGCAUUCAUUACCAUUGGUUGGACUGGCCAGAUCGAGGGGUACCAGAAGCCGAUCUCACUCCGAUAGCGCUACUGUCAAAACUCAAAAAUAGCGCAGGGCCUAUAAUUGUCCAUUGUUCUGCGGGUAUCGGAAGGACUGGCUCUAUUGUGCUUCUACAACAUGCAAUGGAAUUACUACAUCGUCCUGCACCACUACUAGAAAUACGUGAAUAUCUCAUCGAAUUACGUAAACAACGAAACAACAGCAUACAAACGGAACACCAGUAUCUCUACGUUCACCAAGUAUUGUUACUGUAUUUGAAUCGAGCGCGAUAUUUGGACGACAGCGUUCAACCGUAUCUCGAAGAAUUCACCAAAGAUUACCUUAAAGCCACCAAAGGCUUCUAA